UACACGAGCUUUUAACUCAGCCUACAGAUACGAUAAGCAUCAUCUCGUAUUGAGGCUUCAAUCGUGCCGUAUCGAUUUCCACUAUGUCAGCCUACAGAUGGGUAAACCGUAUCAGCGGCCAAUCGCUGCCAGAAAACGCGGUCACCGGCGGCCGCGACUGUGAUGGAAGUACAAUUUACGUUGGCAGAGCUUUCCACGAUGGUGAUAUGUUGCCGGCGAAAGUCAUCCCUGAUAAGAGGGUCGCCUAUGUUUGUCAUGGCGGCGAGGAACACCCUAAAGAUGAAUUUGAAGUCCUUUGCCAAGGGGAAUUUGCAUGGGAGUUCAGCAGUAAUGGUGAAGUACCAGCGGAUGCGAUAAUCGCCGGUCAAACCGCGGAUGGAGAACCUCUGUACAUUGGCCGUGUCCUCCAUAGUGGAUCUCAAACGGUUGGCAAGGUACAACCAAGUCAUGGAUGCCUCUACAUUCCAUUCGAUGGAGAGGAACUGUCGUUCAAGGAUUACGAAGUACUCGUCAUGCAUUAACUUGAUUACAGAUGUAAAAGAGAUUGAAGAUGUAAUGCAUUUUAUACAUGGCCAAAGUUAAUUGAGUCAAGCAAAACAACCUCCAGACAACCUGUUGAAGCAUAAAGUAAUAAAGAAUGGGAAAUGGUCGCGAAACAAAAUAUCCCGUUUUUUAAAUAUUUAUAAAAAUGUAUUAAAAUAAAAUAAUUAAAAAAUAAUUUUUAAAUAAUUUUUUAAAGAUGUUUAAAGAUGAACAAGCAAAGCAAAUCAUUUCUAUCAAGGAUAAACUAGAUUACUAGAUACGUUAUUUGUGUUGCUUAUUCAUUCUAAUAAUAGCGUAAUUUACUAUGUUAAUUAACUUGUUAUUUUGCAGCAUUUAUUAUAUGAUCAUCUCUUGAGCAUUUCACACUUGAAAAUAGUACUCAGAUACAUUACAAAAGAUUUAUAUUUACGAUUUGUUUGAAUAAUAGUUUUUAACAAAAAAAAAGAGUCAAGCUUGAAUAUUUUAGACAAUUUGAACAGUUCAAAGUUUCAAGCAGUAAUCAGUCUGUAAUGUCAAUUUUCAUAGAGAGAUAACAAAAGAAUUGGAAAUAUAGUUUGCAUUGAAAAUAAAGGAAAUAAAGAAACA